UUUCACUCAAAACCAGACCUUUUAUCGGAGAAGACCGCCACCCAAAGACCCCCAUCUCCUCCUUUUCCUUCCACCUCCCAAGACAUUCUCCUCGACCAAAGCCCUCAUUUCUUCCAAGGAAGACGCCCUCAUAACCAUGGCAAAUCCCCCAGCUUCUACCCGGACCGAAGCUUUUCCUGUCGGUCUUCGAGUUCUGGUAGUCGAUGACGAUCCCACCUGGUUGAAAAUUCUUGAAAAAAUGCUCCGAAAGUGCUCCUAUGAAGUUACUACAUGUGGCUUAGCAAGAGUUGCUUUGGAGAUGCUUCGUGAAAGGAAAGAUCAUUUUGACAUUGUAAUUAGUGAUGUCAAUAUGCCUGACAUGGAUGGUUUCAAGCUUCUGGAACAUGUUGGGCUAGAAAUGGAUCUGCCUGUUAUCAUGAUGUCUAUAGAUGGGGAAACAAGUAGGGUAAUGAAAGGGGUUCAACAUGGUGCCUGCGAUUACCUUCUUAAGCCUGUGAGAAUGAAGGAGCUAAGAAAUAUAUGGCAACAUGUUUAUAGAAAGAAAAUGCAUGAGGUGAAAGAGAUUGAAGGUCAUUAUAUCAACGAGGAUAUUCAAAUCAUGAAAAUUGGAUCUGAUGAUUUUGAAGACAGGCAUGUAUCGAGUGGAGCUGAUAUAAAUUAUGUGAGAAAACGGAAAGAUGUGGACAAUAAGGAACAUUCUGAUCAAGAAUUUAGUGAUCCUGCAACUGUUAAGAAAGCUAGAGUAGUUUGGUCUGUGGAUCUUCAUCAAAAAUUUGUGAAUGCUGUAAACCAAAUAGGAUUUGAUAAAGUUGGUCCAAAGAAAAUACUUGACUUGAUGAACAUUCCUGGAUUAACAAGGGAAAAUGUUGCCAGCCACCUACAGAAAUACCGUCUCUACUUGAGUAGAUUGCAGAAGCAGAAUGAGGGGAGAACUUCCAGUGGAAAUCUGCAAUCUGAUUUCAGCUCCAAGGAUGUUGCAGGAAACUUUGAUGUGCUUAGCUCGACACAAAUGCAACCAAGUGGUGUAUCUUCAAAAUUUAUAUGCACGGGUCAAAAAAUCCAAGCUCAAGGAAUUAUCCCAGAUGACCAUGCAGAUGACUUUAAAAGCAGUUUGUCUUUGCAAGUUACAGGUAGUAAACAAGCUUUAGUAGGUGAUAUUCCUGACUCUCAGGGGGUCAUCAGUGUCUCUCGGUUAGGCAUACUGCUCCCUUUCAAGGAUAUGAUUCCAGAUGCGGGAAAGAAGUCACUGGAGCCUGCUAUAUCAAGGAACCAGUCAUGGAGUGGGAGUAUUCCUGUUAUGCAAUUUAUGCAGCACCCAAGACAUGACCAUGAAUGUUGUUGUCUGAUAGAAGCCUACUCAUGUCUGCCCAAGCCUGACCAAGAACAGGUUUUUGAUCAUUUUGAUACCCCUCCAUCAGUCAUCUCAAACACAUGCAAUACUGAGAAUGAUAUCUCUGGUCUUUUAGAAUUCAAACUAGUGCACACAAAUCACAGGAGCAGCGACACUAAAACUGCAUCACAACUGUCCUGUAUGACUGACACCACAUCUGCUCAAGUUGAUAGUGGAUCAAGCAAUACUCAGGACUAUGGAGUAGCAUUUGGAAUAGAUGGACUAACAAAUAUAAAAGAUUACUACCACACUCAAACAUCUAGCUAUUUGACACCUCCAUCUGGAGAAUUGAGUCUUAAAAAUGAGACAGAUUUGGUUUCUUCACCUGAGGACUUGCAGUUUUGUUCUCCUCAGGGCAUUGGUAGCUUUGAGAAUGUAGGGUUUAAUAGCAUGGAGAUUUUUCAGUACGAUGAUUCAACAUCGGUGACCGAAGUUCACAGUAACUGGUACGAUGGCUUGGAAUUUAACAGUGAUUAUUUGUAUGACUCAGUGGAUCCUGUGAUAGAUGAAUGUCUUUUUGCCUAAUCACUCUUUUCACACCUUUUCUUCAAAUGGACUACUGCUGAAGAAUGACAUUGCUCGUUCAUAUGUUGCUAUUUUGGUUCCUCUGGUGGGGGAUUAGCAACAUAGGAUCACCAUCCUGGUGGAUUGUUUGAAAUGUAUGAUCAUCUGACCACUUAUUUAGGGCUUGCGUGUACUAUAGAUAAAAUUGUGAUGAUGUAUACUUGAAAUAUGUAAGGAUAUUGAGUAUUCUGCAUUAUUAACUCUCGAAAACAACAGCGUUUUAAAUGUUAUUUUAUUGCAUAGA